AUGAUUCGAUCACCAUCAUAUUGGUCAGAUGAUGAUUAUCCUUUAAAUGAAAUUAAAACUCGAAUUGUUUGGAUAACAGAUUACACAAAUAAUGACAAUUUUCCAAUUAAUGUACCAAUUGAUGAUCCUCUUCUUCAAUUUGUCAAUACUUCUAGUAAUGAAAAAGAUGAUAUUUCUCUAUUCAAUAAAAUUCAUAAUGUUAAUUUAUCCAAAUUAAAUUUGGAUGAUUUAAUAUUACUUUUAUAUCGAUUACAACAACAAACUAAUAAAAACUCGGUCAAAACUUCAGGAUCUCCAAUGUAUUCUUCCUCUAGUUUAUCAUCAUCGUCAUCAUCAUCAGAUAUUAUUGAACAUAAACCAUCUUAUUCACAUUCAAUUAAUCGUCCACGAUCAUCGUUUACUUUAUCAGAUCUAGCUGAUGUACCUAAACAAUUAACUACAACAUUAGCUAAGCCUACAUCAUCAUUUCAUUCACAAAAUACAAAGCAUAUUCAUUCACCCAAUGAUGUUGUCAAUAAACUUCUUCAAUCUUUCAAUAUCCAUAACAAUAAAAAUCAACAAAAAUUUAUUAAAUAUAACUCACAACGACAUUUACCAAGAUAUACGUAUCAAGCAUGUCAACAACAUAAAGCAAAACUUCUUUCAACUCUACGUUCUUCCAAUUCAAAUGGAAGCUUUCGUUAUUAUGUUCAUCAAAAUAAAUCUUAUCAUUAA